CUCCAGUCCAAUGAACCAAAAUUCAACUUUUCCAAUGCUAUAUUAAUCUCUCUAGUCCGGUCAAUUUCCAAUAGAAAUUUGUGGUCAUCAAACAGCACAGAGGGUAUACUGGCAUCUGUUGGUUCUGCGCCCUCUCCAAAAAAGAGCUGUUUCGUAUGGUGCCAUCAGAGACAUUGUACGAGGUUCUUCUAAUUGGAUUUCCUGGUCAAGGAAAUGGAGGAGAGUAUCUAAUCAGGAAGAUUAUGGACCCAGCCUUGUCGUGUACCUCAGGCGACUUUCAAUUGCUCACUUUUCUUGGACGCACCGAAAUGUUACAAAUUCAACGACAUCAGAGCAACGACGGCUAUUUUCCAUUUCCACGCCGAUUGUCUCAGAGAAUCCUUUUACAAAUGAAUGCAACAAAAGCAAUGCGUGAUAUUAUAGUGGACUUUUUGGCAGGACGGGUGUAUAUCGAACCAUAUACUUGGAAUUUUUUGGUAUCUGGUGGUUAUUUGAAAUACUACGAGCCAUCCCAUCCAGCGAAUAUUGGCAACUUAUUAGCUGGUCAACCUGCUCCAGUGGCGGUUGUCAGUCAAGGUAUUGCACACUAUAUUCCACCACACCAAAAUCUACAGAACAUGCCUGUUCCUCGUCCAGCACCGGCACAACGUGAAAAUGAAGAUGACGAGGAUGUUGAAAUAGACGUCGAGAAAGAUGAUGAUGAACCAGAAGAUCCAGAUGGAAGAAACUCUGUCUCAUCGAACGCUGGUUCGGAUAAUAGUAUGAGAAGUCCAUCGUUUUCACCACCUUCUCCAGCCUACUCUCCAGUAUCACCGACAUAUUCUACCACUUCGGACGAGCAAGAAGCUGCUGAACCACCGAUUCCAAUUGCAGCAAGAUCACCAGCCUUGGCUCGCCAACAAAAUGACCUUCCUCGGCGUCCAAUCCCAUUACCACCAAACCGAGAUCACUGGACGGGACAUCCAACACUCUACUACAACAGUCCAUACAGCUUUCCACGUCGCCCACGUCCAAAUGACCGGGAAAACCCCGAAGUUCAGCACCUACUUCCCCCCUACGCAUAUAUGAUGCAGCUGCAUCCAUCUCUAAAUUAAUUACUAAAAUGACGGCAAUAAUUAAAAAUACUUCUUAUUCAAUAACUAUCAGAUCUUCGACAACUAUCAUUAUAUUUCCCGCUGUCUCUCAUUUUGAAUUGCUUCCUUUUUUAACGCACACGAUUCUUUUUUAUAUCAGUUUGUUCUGCUUCUAAAUUAAUGUCCAACUGAAUAAAUAUUAAUUCCUUCC